AUGUCUCAGACUGCACCCAGCCUCCUCCGAAGCCUGGCCACCUCCUUCGGUGGCAGUCCCUGGGCCCGGCAGGGUGCGCGCCUGGCACCUGGGCCCCUGGCGGGACGGAGCUAUUCCUCGGAUGAGGCAUCGGAGACCGGAUCCAGGCAGAUCGCAUAUACCAACAGGAAGUUGGCUGCAGAGCUGGCACAGACGAACGAAUACUUGACUCACGCCAAGGCCACGGCAUUGGUGAAUCAGACGAUUGAGCUCCUGAUCGCCGCGCUGAAGAGAGGUGAAGCCGUGAGCCUGAAGCCUCUAGGCACCCUCAAGGUUGCGUACGUCGGACCUCGGAGGAGGUUUGACAUUAGCGCCAGGCAGCACAUGCUCACCCCGGGCUACAUGAAGGGCAACCUGACGCUGGGAAAGGACAUGAAGGAGCACCUCAAGGGGCUUGAACCCAGCCAGGUGCCCGGCUCCUAG